AUGAGCAAUGCCGCCUCAAUUCGACAGCCGCUCGAUGAUGAGGACGUCGUCGGCAAGAUCCUUUGCCGCCUCCCACCACAGCCCUCCUUGGUCCUCCACGCCUCACUCCCCUCCAAGGUCUGGCACAACCUCGCCGUCUCCUCCGCCUUCCGCUGCCACCUCCGUGCCCACCACCGCCACGCCCCCGUCCUCGGCGUCUAUGAGAAACACGCCAGGACGCUCCGGUUCAUCCCCGCGUUCGAUGCUCCAGAUCGUAUUCCUGCCGACAGGUUCUUGGUGAAGGUCUGUGCCGACCAUAGUUACAAAGUGUACAAUUGGGCUGUGCUUGGGUGCCGCCACGGCCGCGUCCUCAUCAUCAAUCGGACCUGGCGUGAGCUCCUCGUGUUCGACCCAAUCUCCACUGAUCUCCGCGUCGUGUCCAUCCCGACGGACUUCAUGAACAAAGCCUACACCACCAACGGAGCCGUUGUCUGCGAGGACGAAGGUAUAGGAGAUUCGACCAAAUUCCAGGUGGUGCUGGUGGGCGUCUGGGGCAAAGGCCAUGAGGGAGAUCCCUCUGCCCGCGUCUACUCCUCUGAGACCGGCGUGUGGGGCGACCUCGUGACGGUGCCGGAAGGCCCAAAACCAUGCCGCGUUGGCCGUCUCCCAUGCACCCUCGCCAACAAUGGGCUCUACUGGUGGCUAACUGAGCCUCACGGCUGCAUAUUCCACUUUGAUUUGGGUAGCCAGCAGCUAGCACUGAUCAACAGGCCUCCGGUCACCGGCAUCAACAUCGGCUGCAGCCGGAUCAUCUGGGCAGAGGACGGUGGCAUCGGCCUCGCUGUUCUGUCCCACCCGACUUUCCGGAUGUAUGACCGCAAGUUGGGUUCUCAUGGUUCUGCCACUUGUGUGAUGCGGAAGGUCGUCGAGAUGGACAAGAUCCUUGGCUCCCUGGCUUCAAUGCAGGCGAGGCAGACGUACAUUGCCGGGUACGCCGAGGAUGCCGCUGCCAUUGUUGUCUCCAUGCAUAAUGAAAUGAAAGAAGACUAUUUGCACAUAGUUCAACUCGACUCAAUGCGGUACGAGGAGAUUGGUCCAGACUUCUUGGAGAACCCCUAUCAUCCGUACGCAACUUUCUAUACCGGCGGCCGGCCAGCGCUCCAACUUCCUGCUCCUUUGGACAAUGAUGGGGGCACUGUUGAAGCGGAAGAUGGUGAUGCCUCUAUACCAGAGCUUGUUUGA